AUGGACGAUUCGGGAGACGGUCUAUCCUCGACUGGCAGCAGGACGACCGCGCAGAGCUUCAAAGUAGUCCUGUUGGGCGAAGGGUGCGUGGGCAAAACGUCACUGGUGCUACGUUACACCGAAGACAAGUUCAAUGACAGACACGUCAGCACGCUACAGGCGUCAUUUGUCAAGAAAAAGCUCAAUCUCAAUGGACGGAGAAUAAACUUGUCGAUAUGGGAUACGGCCGGACAAGAGAGGUUUCAUGCUUUGGGGCCGAUUUACUACCGAAUGUCCAAUGGUGCAAUACUGGUUUACGACAUCACCGAUGAAGAUUCUUUCCAAAAAGUGAAAAAUUGGAUUAAAGAACUAAAAAAGAUGUUAGGAAGUGAAAUUUGCCUUGUUAUUGCAGGAAACAAAAUUGAUUUAGAAAAAGAUCGUACAGUUUCAGUAGAAGAUGCAGAAAACUAUGCCAGUUCAGUUGGUGCUGUACAUUUUCAUACAUCAGCCAAAAUGAAUUCAGGCAUUGAAGAAAUAUUCUUGAGUCUGUGUCGUAUGAUGAUAGAAAAGGCUGAUAAACAAAUUGCUGAUAAUUUAGUUACAUUAAAUCGGUCAGGAAGCACAAGAAGAAGAACAAUAAUAAUUGACGAUGAGGACGAUGUGCCAUCCAAAGAAUCAUCUCGUUGGUGUUGUAAUAGUUAA